AUUAAGUAAUUUAAUUAUGAAAUAUACUUACGAUUAAGUGAAAGGGGUGGCAUAAGAAGAAUAAGGAGGGGAUAUGCAACAAAUUUUUUCAUUUUUGUUGGCAUUUGCUGGAACUUGGAUGAAACAAAAAGUUUUUAUUUGGAUGGCAUUUUUUUUUUUGAUGUCAUCAUGUGCAACAAUGAAGACCAGAUCAGCUAACUAUAUGCAGAUUAUACUGAAUUUUGGCAUAAUUGUUAUGGGAUUCCUAUCAUUAUAUGUUUGGCAGCCAAAACAUGAGAUGUUGUUGCAACAACAAAGGGAAUAAGCAGUGCUAUAAAAUUGAUAAUGUUAAUAUUGUUAAAAAAUAAUGAAAUUUAUCAAUUA